CGAGCAUACUCGCUGUGUUUCCAACUACGCGCUCAUCUUAGCAUUGAAAUCUAGUAUGAGAUUGAAAGCUACACCUGUAUGGCAGAAAAAUACACCUUCGAGGUGUUUCCAGUUGAGCGUUUUGCAACAAAAUCGAGCACAGCUAUUAAGGCACCAAAGGUAAUGGAGAUGACUCUUCGCAAUGCCCACCAAGCGAUUGCGUUAGACGACAUUGCGCAUCAUCACUCUCUCAUCUUCGGAUGUCCUUGUUAUCGCUUAGAACAUGCUGACCUUUUUUCUAGGAGAUAGCACAUUUUUCUUAUGAUGAGAACCACGAGUUCCGUCAGGAUGCUUCAUCUCUCCGAUAUUUCUACACCCCGAGAUUAGGGGCGGACUUAUCGGAAGGUUACGAGCAGUUCAUAAAACAUGAUGACUCUAAAGACGAACAUCUCGAUGGUCUGCUCAGGGCGCUUAUGCAUUAUGAAAAGCAGACAGAGACGCCUUUCAAGGCAGACAUCAUCACCUGGAGAGGAAUGAUGACCAAGCUCAUGACCGCGCCAUUCGAACGCUUCGAUGGGUUCGAAAUGCGCGCGACCGUUUUCCAGGGAACUAUAUUCAUCGAAGAGGAUCAUGAAGCGAAGAUGCGGCACAACUCGCGAAACAACAGCAGGCCGGGCCCAGAAGGUAUUCCGAACGAUAUGUAUGCCUACUGGGGUUACAAAUUUGAAUCGCUCUGUCUCAUUCCCGAUACAUGGGAUGCUACAUCCCGGGACUAUAUAGAAGGACGAGAGAGUCACGUUGUCAGCAACAAGGCCCAGUACUGUUCCAUUGUGAGAACUGGUAUUGGACCAAUCAGCAUGAUUAUGGGUGGUGAAGUCGACGCAGUAUGGGAUCAAAAACCUGAGGAUCCCUCAGAACCGAUCAAUUAUUUGGAGCUCAAAACCGCCCAAACGCCGGAAUCUGAACUCGACGAGGUCAAAUUUGAAAGAAAGCUGUGUCGGAUGUGGGCCCAGUCAUUCUUACUAGGCGUGCCGAAGCUCAUCGUAGGUUUUCGCUCAAGGAACGGCAUUCUUCAAUCCACCGCCGAAUUCAAGGUACGGGACAUACCUGGUAUGGUCAAGAGACGUCGGCAAACAUGGGAUGGCAACCUAGCAAUCAAAUUUCUGGAGCACGUUUUACACUUUCUCAAGGAAACGAUCAGAGGAGACGGUGUAUGGAGCAUCCGCCGUGGUGCAAAAGGAGGACGGACGAUCGAAGUAAUGAAAAUCGAGUCAAAAGGAACAGGAGGCAUCCUGUCCGAAGAGUUCCUUCGCUGGCGCAUGGAACUUCAGGCGAAGGAGGUUGCAAAGAUGUUGGGCGGCUGAGAGAUCCUUCCAGCUUUUGCUAUGUCAUCACAAAGCCGAUCGUUCGUGAUGGACCAGGCAUCGUCACGAAGCGCAACAUGCUGGCCUGUGCAUAAUAAACUUGCGGCGUUGCCACUCGUGCGCUUCAUCCCCUUGUAAUGGUUUGCUUCUUCCGUAGAAGAAUUUCCCCAGCGGAAACCAUGGUUGAAGAUCCAGGCUCGGGGACAGAUCUAGCUCGGUGGAGUGACUUGGUGGCUUAGCGUAGGGAGGUUUAUGCUUCAACUUGUCCUCGGAGCUUGGACUCUCAAUCGAUGGCACCGUCGUCGACAUGAAACCAGACUAGACCAUUCUCCAAGCACUAGGAUCAUGACGAACGCUUUAUCGGAUGACGGACAAAUAGCUGUGGCUGCAGAAGAUCCGAAUCAGCUUUGCCCCGCGACUUAUUGCUUCCGGGAAGUGUUCGGCCUAGAAUUGAAAGACUUGUAGACGAAUUCAAUGCUCUCUGCGACUUGGGCCAACGAAACUGAAUACAAGUCGCCGGGGAAGUGCAGUCGCCACCUGUUCUGCGAAACAUGACAUGCCUUAUCGCUACGGGCUUCCCGCGAGCCGUGAAAGGACAGCUUAUUUUGUCACAAGAGAGCUGGACAAGCACUGCGUUCAUCCGGCGGCAACAGCAUCGGUUGGUUCAUGGACGUCUAACGUACGUAAAUAUUUUUUCCCCCUAUUUUGAACAAACAGAAAGAAAGAGUAGAG